AUGGAGCCUUCCCCGUUUAAUAGAAGACAAUGGACUUCGCAGUCUUUGAAAAUCACCGCAAAAGAGCUUUCUCUUGUCAACAAGAAUAAGUCCUCGGCUCUUGUGGAGAGGUUCUCCAAGUAUCAGAAAGCGGCUGAAGAAGCCACAGCUGAGAAAAAAAGAAGUAACACAGAAAAUCUUCCCCCUCAUUUUAAAAGGGGGAAUCUGAGCGUACUAAAGAAGAAGUGGGAGAAUCCAGUGCCGGGAACAGAGUUUCGGAAGGAAACGGGACGAAGCAGCUGUGCUGAGGUCAGGCAUAAGGUCUCCAGCCCCGGGAUAGAAGCCGGGAACAGUCCUGCUUCUUCCCCAGACUUGGAACAAACCCUGGGGGCUGGUGCUACGUCUGACACCCAGACCCCUUCCAGCACCCCUGGCCAGCUGCAGUGUCCUGGUGGUGACAGCAGCAAGUUUAAAAGCCACUCAGCAGAGAGUGGUAAAAUGGAAAACUGUCUGAGAGAAUCCAGAGAAGUGGAAAAGCCCGAAGCCAGCGAAAACGCAGACUCUUUGGGGAAGAUUGAGAAAUACAACGUUCCUCUGAACAAACUCAAGAUGAUGUUUGAAAAGGGUGAAGCGACUCAGACCAAGAUCCCCAGAGACCAGAGGAAGACAGCAGUUGGUAGAAGGAUUUCUGAAAACAGCCUCUCUUCGGAGGACUUGGAUGUUGGAGAGAAGAGCCAUAGUACAUCAGGGCAUCUUGUGGAUACUAAUCCAGCACUCAGCCCAGAUAAAGCAGAGACCAAGAAAAGCCUGGAGAUGCCUCGUUUAACAGAAACUUCAAUAAAGGACAGGCUGGCAAAGUAUCAGGCAGCUGUGUCCAAGCAGGGCAGUUCCACAGGCCUCAUUACUACGAAUGAGAUUCAAGCCAGUGAAAGUGAACUCAAGAAUUACAAAUCUGAGCAGAAGGAGAAUAUGCCACCAAGUCUUGAGGACUCCAUUUCCUAUCAGGAUGGGGAGAAG